GCUAAACUUAAAAUGUUGUGAAAAAAAUCCGCCAGGGAGGGCAGAUACUAGAGUGCCCCCUCUUAUAGUUUUCUAUCAAGCGUUUCUUUAUAUAAAGCCUUACUAUAAUUGGAUAAACAACAAAAGGCUGAAUACCCAGUGGAGGUCCUAGCUUGUGGGGGUUUCUCUCGUUUGUCCGUGCCGGGGAGUGUCUCCCUGAAAAGUACAGUUGGUUUGGUUGGAGUGCCAUGAUCACAGUUAUGGUGCUCGCGGCUCAUGUGUGAUCGUUCGAGCCCAGUCGGGGAACAUGGUGCUUGUGUUCUUUGGCAAGAUACUUUACAACAAUUGCCUCUUUAAACCCAGGAGCCUAAAUGGGUAUACUUUUGAGGAUAGAGAUCUGAAUGCACAGCUCUCUUGUUAAUAUAUAUAGCUGCUGCAGAAAGCUGGUCUCGCGGCCUGACGAGUAGCCUGGGUACAUAGUAAUUGUGAAGCGCUUUCAGACCUUAGUCCCAACGCCGCAAUAUAAUAAGCACUACAUUAUUAUAGCAGCCUGCACAUGUCAUGUGAUUUUUUCCAACUGUGAAGUUUGAGUGUACGUCAGGUUCACUGCAUCACAAAGUCUAGUUAUUUUUGUGUGAUGUGUACGGAACACAAAAUGACAAAAGACAGGGAACAAGGGUUAGUGUAUUGUUAUUAUACGCCACACUACAUGUAGUAUAUGUUUCAGUGGAGCGUCGCCAUAUUAACUGCUACGCAAUACAAGGCGGAAACAAAAUGUGUGCGUUUUAUUUGAGUUGAAAGUAUAGAGGUUCCGCCAGAACGUCACAUUCACGUUCCUCAGGGGGAAACUAAUUAUAUGCGAGCAGUACUGAACUUGUUGCGGUUGUUCAAAUGAGCAGCGUUCCCCGACCCCCGGUCAGACGGACGAGAUCUGACGUGAAGGAGUACACACCACCGGGGCCGCGGACCAUGGCCAGCAAUCAGCCGAGCGCGGGACCGAGCAUGGGUCACGGUUUCUUGAAGAAUUGGACUCCGCCUCCGGCGAACCAUAUGCCUCCAGGCUAUUCCAGUUAUAACGAGAGGCGGGAGCAACCCGACCCAGAGCCCCCGGGUCCUCCCAAGCCUCCGGAGGAGUUCCCCGCCAAGCUGACUCUCAAGUUGGAGGCCGAGGAUAGGGACACGGACCUGGCCCGGAUCUGCAGCGAUGCCCUGCACGAGCUGCCGCAGAUGGUCAAGGUUGGGGAGAAGUUCUCGGUGAAAGGGAACGACGUGCAGUUGCAGAAGGGAGAAUCGCUGUUGCUUCUCUUCGUAGCGGAGCUACCUCGGGUGCAUGCCGUGGAUACUACGAGUGGGAAAGAAGUAUGGCUACCUGUGCACGCCGAACAGUUGUACGAGACACUUCCGAUGGAUCCUCGUCUGGAUGACAAACUAUACACGGGGGUCACUGCCAUGAUGAACAGCAACCCCAUGCCGUGUAUUGUACGCGUACUGGAAGGCUAUAGUGGGUCUGAUUACGCAGAAUGCGUGGAUCAAGAGGACGUCAUACGCAUCAGCCACAUAGAGGAGAAAGUUCGAAGAUAUAGCAAAGAAAGAAUUCUGAUUGCGCAAAAUCAGGUAGGUCACCGACUUGAGCUCCACAAAGACAUGGAUUGUGCCCACUUCACCACCAUGAUGUCCGCACUGUUCCUGCACAUGUCCGAACUCAUUGGGCUGGAUUUCCCACAGCGAGUGCGUGUAGUUGAGGAAACCAACUUUGAGAAGCGCAAACCCAAGGAAGAGAAGGUCUUCAAGUUGUUGUCUUUUAAGAAUGACCUGCAGGUGAUUGCCACGCGAUCCAGGAAGCCAGGCCUGCUCUCAAUUCCACUCUCUGUGCCUAUUUCCCUCAACACAACUUCUUUCAAGGACAAGACUGUCCAAUCCUGUCUUCCGCCCUUGUUUCCCCCUGUCAAUCUCACCUGGGGUGUCCGGGAGUUCGGCAGGCCCACUCUGCCCGAACCGCUCAGAGAAAUUAGCCAGCCCCUGCCCGAACCACUCCGUGGAUGGCUGGAAAGCUUUGAAGGAAAGGAGCGUGUUUGCAAAGUGGCCAAAGUCUCCAAGGAAGACUUGAUACAGGAUCUCAAGGAGAUGACCAACUACACCAAGGACCUGACCAACAGAAUUGCCUGCCUGGAUCAGGUCGACAAACCACUCAUCCCGACUCGUGACAAGCCUGUGGCACCGCCAAGACCCCCUACCAAACCGUUAACGUACAGGUCUCUCCCUGCAAAACCUGACAUGAAGCCUGUUGUUUGUUCCCCAAAGCCCAAAUUGACCCCUAAGCCCAAACCUCGUAGCUUCACUGCGCCGAAGCAGCCCAGUGACUCCAAGGUGUUGAACAAGCGUAGAGUCAGUACUGAUGAUGGUUAUGAGGUUCCUGGUGUAUAUGUAGGCAGUGAUAUAGAGGAGGAGGAAGGUGAUGAAUAUGAAGUUGUACCCGAUGUAAACGACCCUACAAAACCUCUGGAUGUAACCACUCAAGAGCUGAAGAACAUACUGCAACAGAAGGAAAAGAAAAUAGCCUCACUGAAGGAAGAAAAUGAACAACUGAAGGAGAAAUGCGAGAAACUCGAAAAAGAAAAGAGGGAGAUACGAGUGUCCAACUUCAAAAACGUUGAUGAGAUCAACCGGCUUCAGGCUGAGAUUGAUCGUAUGUUGGCCAGAAACGAUGGCGACAUGUACGACUUCCUUAUUCCCACCGAGAGGCCCCUACCAACCCUGCCGACUAGUCCCGGUGCGGUCAUCUAUAACAGCCCUCACGAUCUGCUGUCCGAGAAGGUCUUGAUGUCUCGCGCCGACAUUGAAGGUGUGUCAGACAUACUGCGGCAGCUCAACUUGGGUAAGUACGUGGAGAAGUUCAGAGAAGAAGCGGUGGAUGGUGCAUUACUGGUCACUCUUGACGAUUCAGUUUUGAAGGAGGAUUUGGGUAUGACCGGCUUACAUGCACGUAAGUUACUGUUGGAGGUUAAGAAAUAUACAAAAUAGGUUGCUUAAGGGGUUACGCAUUUUUCGGGUAACUUUUUUUGUGGAAAUGAUUUCAUUUGAAAUUGUCAUACAUUUGGUUCAUUGAGGUACACUUUGCUAAAUUGUCAGUGAAUAUUUAAGAAACAUCAUCACAAAAAUGCUUCCUUUCAGGUGAUUAUGCAGGGUUAGGAGUUUACUCAACAAGAGAGGGGUUAUUAGUUUUGGAGGGGUUGAGCUUAGCAUUAAGGUCAGUUAUCAGCAGAAACCUGCAAUUAAAUUGUUAAUGCCUUAGAAAAAUAUGUAUACA